AUGCUGGAACCGCAUGUUGACCCGGCUGCUCGAGAAUCCUCGACUGCGUUCCCGCUGGAUGGUCUUACCUUUGAUAUCUCUUCGAUGCCGGAGGAGGACCUUGUAGCAUACGGAAACGUCGCUCCUGUUCUUUAUUCGCUUGCGAGCAUGAAAGUCGUGCGACUGUCCAAAUCUCUAGUCAUGAAGUUUGGGAACACUGUUCUAGCCUCAGAAGGCGAGACGAUGAAAUAUGUCGCAAUGAAAUUUCCCAAAUUCAUGUUACCACGAGUUCACCGAUGUUUCAACAUCCAGGAAACCAUCUCAUAUUUCGGUGAUGAAUUAAGUCCGGGUACUCGCGAAAGCGUGAUCAAACAGGUUGCGGUAAUGAUUAAUCAAUUACAAUCUAUACGCUGCGAUCGUCCCGGCGGUAUUAGCGGUGAGAAAUCCCGUGGUAUGUGGUUUAGUGACUAUGGCGCAGGGCCAUUCCGAUCGAAAGAAGUUUUCCAGGAUUGGAUCGCCUGGAAACUUAAGAUGAGCAAGCGCUACCAGCAUGCCUUACCGGAAACUCUAGCCCUAGAGUGUUCUACCUUUGUCCUCGUGCAUGGAGAUAUUAGCCCUCGCAAUCUAGUCCUAGGCAAUAAUAACCAGAUCUGGAUGAUCGAUUGGGGUUAUGCUGGAUUUUAUCCUCCAAUAUUCGAAGCCGCCACUAUUAAACAUCAACUACAAUUUCAAUCAUUCUCGCAAUUACUUUUACCCCAUAUCUAUAACCAUCCUGAGGAGCUAGCGCAGCUUGAGGCCUGUAGCUAUGGCAUCCACCGAGUCCCCUUUUCGCUCCCACCAGAGAUGGAAAAGGAUAGCGAGGUGGAUCUCUCGGCAGCAUGA